AUGGGUAGAUUGAAUAAAAGUAAAGAUAACCAUGUUUACUUCGGUCAUCCGUUUUCGUUUUGGCGGCUACGACAAAGAAACGACAUGGAAUCGCUUAUAAAUGUGGAUGAGUUGAAGAAGGCUAUGGAUGUUGCUGAACUUGAUCAUAUCCACAUACAAAAAAAGCAAAGACUUCGGGUCCUUUUAGAAAGAGAAGAAUCAGAAUUAUCAAACGAAUUAACAAGAAAACGGCAAGCGGAAGGAUGUAAAUACUGCAGCGAAAGAAAAAAUAAAGAAGAGAAGUAUAUAGAAGAUCUUGAACAUGAGAAGUUAGUUAAAUGUCAGAUGGCUUUGGAGAGGGAGAAAAUAGCAAAUGGUAUACAAUCUACAAAAUUAGAUGAACAUCAAUUAAAAGCAAUGCAAGUUAUGCAAAUGAAAGAGAAAAAGUACAUAGAAGAUCAACAAGCUGAAAUUGAUAAAAUGUGGCAUCAGGUUCUAUUGGAAGAUGUUAGGAUGAAGGAAGAAAAAGAUAGAAGAAAUGCUGAAAGACUCAAAAGAGAAAUGAAAGAACGUAGAUUGGCUUACGACGAACAGAUAUCAAGUGCUAACAGAAAGAGACAGGAGAUUUUACAGCGAGAAAGAGAAGUAGAGAAUAAGAGACUAGAAAAUAUGAAAAAGAGAAUGGAAGAAGAUUAUUUUGAUGCAAUUAAGAGAAAAAAUGAGCAGCAACGUAACAAUAGAAUAAACUAUAUAAAAGGUCAUGAAAUGAAGAUGACAAAAAUAAGAAACGAGAAGACGGAAGAACAGUCUGUUGAUAGAAAGGCGAUAAUGGUUGCCUUAGAAGAGUUGCAGAUCGAGAGACAGAGAAAAAUUGCUGAAAUUUUAUCACUACAAAGAGAGAAACAAAUCUUCCUCGAAAAUGUCAAUAGGGAGAGAAAGAUUGCGCAAAAUCUAGACGAAGAAACUGACAGAUUAGUGCGGUCUUGGAAAGAAGAGAAAGAAAAGGAAAGCGAUAGUAAGAUGCUAGAGUUAGAAAGAGAGAGACAACUUGUUAAACAGAAAAAUGCGUCAGAAUAUGAAAAUUAUAAAGACCAAAAAAACAGAGAAAUUGAAAAUAUAAAACGAGAAAGACAAGAACUAAUGAGAAAUGUACAGAACACAGCUAUUAUUGAACUGCAGAAGAAAUUGUAUGAUGCUAAUAAAGAAUUAAGGAAGCAGAUGGAAUAUAGAAAUAGUUUGAACCAUCAGAUGAAACAGAACCAGCGAAUUAUGGAAAUCGAUACACAAAACAUUGAGAUACAACAAAGACCAUUUACGAAAAAGGAUAUUAUGUUCAAAGAUGCAAUGAAGGAUAAGAUGAAUUCUUCGCGGCAAAGUACAAAUCCGGUGCAUCCAUUCAGAAGAUUGUUGCAGUCAAGUGGAAAGAACAAAACUAUAUUUUUACCUGUAAUAGAAUAA